AUGGGUCGUGAUAUCAACGAAUUUGAACUAACUCAGGGCAAAAUUCAACCAUCUGCAACAGCCAAAGAAGCUAAAGAUGUACAUUUUGAAAGGAAUAUUAUCGUUAAUGAACAAGAUUUACUAUUGCCAUAUAAACUAAACAUUGAACAAAGAAGAGCUUACAAUAUAAUCCUUGAUACAAUAUUCUCAAAUAAACCCGGAGCAUUCUUCAUUGAUGGUCCAGGCGGAACUGGAAAAAGCUUUUUAUAUCGUGCCUUAUUAGCUACAGUGAGGCACAGAGGAUUUAUAGCAUUAGCGAUUGCGAGUUUAGGUGUUGCUGCUUCACUUCUUCCUGGAGGUCGAACUGCUCAUUCUCGAUUCAAAAUACCUAUUGAUGUUGAUGAAAAUUUUAGUUGCAAUAUUAGUAAACAAAGUUCACUGGCAUCAUUGAUUCGAGAUGCAAAACUAAUAAUAUGGGACAAAAUUUCAAUGGCAAAAAAAGAAAUGAUUGAAGCACUAGAUUUGCUCCUUAGAGAUUUAAUGGAAACAACUAUGUUGUUCGGCGGAAAGGUUAUUGUAUUCAGUGGCGAUUUUAGACAAACUCUUCCCGUUGUCCGUGGUGGACAAAGGGAAGAUUUUGUUCGCGAAAGCUUACUAUGUUCUGAAAUUUGGCAUCAGCUUGAAAAAUUACAACUGUCCGAAAAUAUGCGUACGAAAACAGACCCAGCUUUUUGUGAAUAUUUGUGA